GCUUAAUUACCACCUCUCUCUUUAUUACUACUACUACACAAAUCACAAGAAUAAAGAGAGAGAAUCAAUCCCCUUUAGCUCUGCCACUUUUCAGUUUCUUUAAAUUUAUUAUUUUAUUUUACAUACUAUAAAUACAGAAGAGACGAGAAAAAGAGGGAAGAAAGUGAAACCCCACCAUCAUGUUUGGCUUUUUCCUUAUGGUAUAUAAAUGCUUCCUCUAAAUCCAAUAACUUUGGCCUGCCCAAAACCAAGAAACAUAUCACCAAGUUAUAGGCAUAGGUUUUGCCAACAGACUACAAUAUAGAGAGAUCCUCCCUAUCUUCUCUCUAUAGAACAAAUCAAGUCAUUGUCACGUUGUCUGCUUCUUUCAUUUUUUUGUUGUGGUGAAAAACUUGUUUGAUAUGGCCAUUCAAGCGCAGUUGUAUUCGGAGAAUCUUGGUUUUCCUUUAGGAGUUUCGCAGGAUUUGAUGGAGAAUAAUUCUUGUGGAUUCAAUCAGUUUUCUUUUAACCCUCAACAGCAACAAUAUUACGACUACCCACAACAGCAUCAGCAGUUGCAAAAUUUGUACCAAAAAGACAACCAGAAUUUGAUGCAAUUCGUCCCAACAUAUAACAGCAGUUCUGCACAAACAAUGCCAACGUUUUCCCAGAGUCUAACUUCCCAGUUAGAGAAACAGAAUAUUGAGAUCAAUCGGUUCCUCAGUUUACAGAACGAGAGAUUGAGAUUGACACUACAGGAGCAAAGAAAGAAACAAAUGGCAUUAAUCUUGAGAAAAUACGAGUCAAAGGCACAGUAUUUGCUAAAACAGAAAGACGAAGAAAUUGCAAAGGCAGCAAACAGGACAACAGAGCUACAAGAUUUCUCGAAAAGAAUGGAAAUAGAGAAGCAAACAUGGCAGAGAAUGGCCAUAGAGAAAGAAGCAAUGGUGAUGUCACUUAACAACACGAUUGAACAGUUAAAAGAGAGUGCUUGUUCAUCAACAAACAGAGGUACUGCAGAAGAUGUAGAGUCUUCUUGUCAUGUAGCAGAGGAAGAUAAAACAGAACAACAGUAUGGACAUCAGAUGAUGAUGAUGAUGUGCAAAAGCUGCAAUUCUAGGAAAUCGUGCAUGAUUUUCCUUCCUUGCAGACACCUAUGUUCAUGCAAAUAUUGUGACACUUUUCUCCACUCAUGUCCUGUCUGUAAUAUGUUGAAGAAAGCUAGCAUUGAGGCCUUGAUUUGAUCUGCUGUGAAAAUGACUUGUUUUCUUCUUUCCAAGAAAAGUCACAGUAAAUUUAUGGUAAAUCGUGGAUAGAUUAGUCAUUCUAUAUGUAUUCAUUAAUUUCUUGACAUCUUGUUUUUCUCUGUCUACUUUUUGACGACUUGAACAGAUUUACAAUUAGCAGUGCGACAUGGCACUAGCAUCUUUUUCCUUUGUUGGAGACAUUACUUUUACUCGCAUUGGGGAUAUUAUUCUUUCACUUUUAGGUUGAUUUGAUUAUUCGUAUCUGAUUCUCUA